AUGGAAAAUCUUAAUAACCUUACGAUCUGGGAUGUGAAAGAUGUAUUUAAUAAAGUGAAAAAUGUAGUAAUGAACUACACAGAAAUGGAAGCGAAAGUGCGAGAAGCUACUAAUAAUGAGCCCUGGGGGGCUAGCAGCACAUUGAUGCAGGAAAUAGCCCAAGGAACUUAUAAUUAUCAAUAUUUUAAUGAGAUAAUGCCGACAAUUUAUAAAAGAUUCACAGAAAAAGAAGCACGACAGUGGAGGCAAAUUUAUAAGGCUCUUGUUCUUUUAGAAUAUUUGGUAAAACAUGGAUCCGAGAGAGUUGUUGAUGAUGCUCGUGCACAUAUGGCUACUGUAAAAAUUAUGAGGAAUUUUGCUUACAUUGAUGAAAAGAACAAGGACCAAGGGAUUAAUGUUCGAAAUCGUGCUAGAGAACUUGCGGAAUUGUUGAGUGAUGUUGAAAAAAUUCGUACAGAACGCAAAAAAGCAAAAGCAAAUAGGACAAAGUAUACCAGCGUGAGUUCAGAUUCUCUUGGCUAUGGUGGAUUUGGGGGAUCUGGUUCUAGGUAUGGAGGUUUUAGCGGUGGUGAUUCUUUUGGAUAUAGUGAAGACAGAACACGUUCACGCUAUGAUGAUUAUGAUGCACAAUGGCCGAAUGAAAGUAGAAUUGAUCGAAACUCACCACCUGGUGAAAGACGAUCCAGUGGACCAAGAUCGAGCCUGAGCAUUUCCAAAAAGCAGAAUGAGUCAUCAAUCCCUACUACUACAGCGGUAGAAAAUACUGAAGUUAAUUUAUUUGAUUUUGAGACGCCACCUAUUGUAGAGUCCAAACGUGAUUCAAUUGGCAAUGAAUUCUCCCAUGUGAAAUCUAUUGAUGAUGAUUUUCAAGAUUUUCAAAGUGCUCCAGUAUUAGCACCACCCUCUCAACGACCAUCGAUAACAAUACAACAUCAACAGCUGCAUUCUGACUUAACGAAUGCCAAAUCACAUAUGUCUCAAGAUAACCCCGUUGCACCAUCCCUUAAACAAUCCGUUGAGGUAAACAACAAUUUAAUCGAUGAUUUGCUCGGUCCUGUUUCUUCGGUCUCUUCUCCUCCCGUGGCAACUACAUCAGCGUCUACACUCGAUCUUUGGGCAGAAGCUUCCAAUCUUGUCAGCUUGGAUUCUUUGGGAAUGAGAAAAGAUUCAGGAUCAACUAAUAGACCCUCAGUUGCGCCGUCAAUGAAUUCUAUGGUUCAAGCUAACAACAGUUCUGCCUGGGCCGCUAAGGGAACUUGGAACAGUGGCCCACAAACUUCACAAAUAACAUCCCAAAAAUCACAAGAUCCUUUUGAUUUGCUUAUGUAA